ACAGUUUCUCAAUUUUUAUCGAUAUGUAAAAACUAAAUGUGUCUUUAUUACUCCUGAUACUUAUUCGCAUAUGUAUAAACAAGAGUAGAUAACACGACGCGUGUAUUUGAAGUGGUGUGAGCGUUCGUUGUUUUUGAGCGUUGCUGACCUUUUCGCGGAGGGAUCCAUACACAUCCGCUGGCUCUGGCGUGGAGGGCGAUUUGAAUCACUCUGCUUCUUUUUACUGUUUUCAUUUUACGUGAACAUGAAUUGAGGUAUCAGUGGCGUUUUAAUGAUACUAUAGUCGACAUAUGUGUUUUUAUAUAUUUUUUGAACAUCAGGCACCCAUAUAAUUUACCUUAAAUGUAAAAGAUGUCUACCGCAGAGAUGAAUACUGCUGGCACUGACGGAGACCAGAGGUUGAAAGUGUUGCCUUUCUCAGAAGAGGACUCCCCUCCUGUUGUAAAUGACAUUUCAGCCCCUCUGAAUUUUUCCGAGCUCACACCUUCUCAGUUUGGCAUCUCUGUCCAGAGUUUCACCCCAAUAUCAUCAAACCGCAAAGAUAAGUCUCGUGUAGCACAAAUAAAGGGGAGGCGGAGGUCCAGUGUUGGUGUGCGGGGCUCCCCAGAGACAAACUCCCUCAUCCGCUUCAUGGCACAACAGAGAAUGAAGACUCCACCAUCCCACCGAACUCCAGAGCUUGUCAAAAGUAGCCCCUUCCUUCCCCGGGUCGCUUCCACACUGAGGCAGAAGAUGGCUUCCUUCCAGAGCCUGAUGGAUGUGGAGGAGACUGAGGUCUGUGAUCCGAUGCCAAGGCAGGACAACAGCACUGGAGGAUGCAUCAAGACAAGAGAUUAUCUGUCUGAUGGGAAAAACCUUGAUGGAGGAAAAGAGAACCUCCCACCAAUGAUGACGCCCACGCCCAGCAAAAGGAGGCGCGUGGGCCCCCUCGAAGGCUGCAAGGUCGAGAUUAGAGAGGCCAGAACUCCUAUCCUCCACUUGAAUUUCAAGGAGCAGGAGGAGGAUGCAGACCCAGUGACACAAACUGUGACAAGAGGACCACUGCCAUCAAGUGAGACUGUGGAAGAGGCCCAAGCUGUUCUUAUUUCCCCACCCGUCCAUGUUGACUUUGAGCCACUCGUGUUCCCUGAGCUUCAGGCCUGUUCACCUACCAACAACCAACAGGACAGCGUGUUUGAACUCCAAAGCCCCAGGCGACUACCGCCUGAUGACCUUAUAGCAGCAUCACCAGCUCUGCCUGCCUCCCCAUUCCACAUCCCCUCUCUCCCCUCUCUGCUGGAGAUGAAGCCCACAGGAGAGGAUGGUUCCUCUGUAACCUCCACAGUAAAGAAGAAGAAGAAGCAGGUGCGUUUUGGAGGUCCACUCUCUCCGGAGUUCUUUGAUAAAAACCUGCCUCCCAGUACCCCGUUACAGAAGGGGGGCACGCCGGCCAGAGCCCUUACGCCAGGUGGGAGCUUAAAGCUGCGUUCGCUGCUGAAGACACCACAGAAGGGUGAACCCCAGACCCCACAAGCUCAGCCAGACCUCAGCAGCCCCACUGUGUUCGGUGCCUCCCCUACGCUUGUGAUGCCUUGCAGCUACAGAAUGCAGUCUGUGGGAGAGGACAGUGAGGAGAAGGAUGGAAAGAUUGUUUUCCCUUCAAUGGAGGAGAUUGACUCUGCAGGGGCGACUGAUACAGGACUUAUGUGGGACACCCAGCCGUUGAAUUUAGACACUGCUUUCCACGAGGAGUCUCUUUCUCAGAUUCUGACAGAGUCUGUGACUAAACCAAGCACAAACACCCAGAUGGACACCCUGGAUGAGCCUGUAUCUUUGCCAGGGAAUGAGAGGCAACUUGAAGCGGAUGUUGAAGCUCUAGCCCUAACCAGAUCUAGCAACCGAAGGAAAAAGCAGUCAGGACCAAAGAGUGAAUCUGCCACUGAGGCUCCAGCUCGCUCCAGCAGUCGAAAGAGAAAGCAGCCAGAGGAGAGUGAACCGGUGAAGAGGUCGACACGCUCUGCUGCCAAGUCGGCCUCUGGGAAGAUGAAGAUGACUGCCACAGCAACACGUCGGUUCAACAAGGAGGUAAACCGCUCCCUAUAUGGCUCUCGGGAAUAUGCGUCCAAGAACCCAACCCUCAGCCCCAUCACCGAGAGGCUGUCCUUCAUCAGCCAGUCUCCAGCAGCACAGCUGGCUGCCACUAACAGCUGCACAGCCCCAAAUCAGGAGCCACACCUGACUCUGGAAAUGGGAGAAUCAGUCACCAAUGACCCCAUGACUGAAGUGGCUUAUGACACUCAAGAGAUAAGUGACAUCACUGCGACAAACGCCUUAGAAACUCCUCCAGAAGCCUCAGUCACAUCUCCCAACUCCAGUAAAGAAAGCACCAGAGUGAAGGGGAGGAGGCUGUCGGGGCCAAGGGUCAGAGGAUUAAAGAGGAGGAAGGUCAGUGUUUCAGAUGGUGACCUGCUCGGCAAGGAGCCUCAGGACCAGACUGGAGAGAAGAGAGACGAGCACUGUGAAGACAAAACCUCAACAAAUCUAGAGGCGUCAACAGAAACCUCACUGAAACAAACGGUACCUGAACAGGAGGGAGUAGACACUGAAGAACUUUAUGUCCAGACAUCUGCUGACACACCCUGCACAGACUCAGAUGGGAAAUCAGAAUGUCAUGCUAGUCUAGAUGCUCCCACCUCAGCCUGCCCACCUUUAUGUGAAGAAUCCAACAGUUUGAGUGUGCCAGCAGAGUCAGCACAGAGUAAAGACAAGCAGACCAAGGGUACACAAAGAGGCAGGAGGAGCUCUAUGUACAACUCACUCCUACCAGAGCAGGGGAACCAUGCUGUGGAGCAGAAGGGAGAUGAAGCGGCAAGCCAGCAGGAAAACAACGGGUCAAGCGCUGAUAGCCAGGAAGAGGGGGAAGUACCCAAUUUGGACCUUGCCCCCUGGCAGGCUGACUUUAAUUUUGAGGAUGUGUUCAAACCUGUUGCCACUAGAGGGCAGCGCUCAGUCCGGCGCAGUCUGAGGAACAAGAGCAAUGCCGAGAACAGCACAGGUCUCGUCUGGCUGCCUCGGACGUCCCCUGACUCCAAUAAAGAGGCCCACAGGAGGACCCGCAGUCGCCGACUUUGUACCGCCCUACCUGUCCAGCCUUUACUCCCAGAGGAGAUUCAACAUGCUUCAUGAGACUUUACACUGACAACAUGGGACACUGUCUGCCUAUAACCAGAACUAAGAUUAAUACAUUCAUUGCACCGUCAUACAUUUUCUUAAAAUUGAAUGGAAUGAUUUUCCAAACUACAGUCUGUUUUAUAUUAGCAGAAAACAUUAAUGCUUUUGUUCCCUGUGAAUUAUUAGAGCUGACCAGUAAUUUGUAUCCAGUUUCCCUAACCAAGCCAGUCAAUACACUGAGAGCCCAAUCAUCUCUGCUGACCACCUCCUAAUCAAUAUCCAACCACUCAGCUGGUAAUCACAGUGCCUCUUCAGUUUCACUCUCCAAAGUCACUGGAUCGAGCAUCUCUGAGUCAAUAUCUUGUGUUUGUGGAUAGAUGAAGAGGCUGUACUGCAUUCACAAUCUGUCAGACAAGGCUAGAGGUUACUGGAAUAAUAGAAUAGUAAUAGAGGCAGAAAAUGUGCCUCACACAGAGAAAUCAAAUUCAUGGGUUUGAAUAAUUGUUUAUUUUUGUUCACUGCAGUAUGUUUUUGUUUUUUUGUUUUUUUCUUCAGUGAUCCAAACUGUUCACAUACAGAAAAUGUCCAGAAGAGUUCCCUGUCUGCAGCGGCCUCAUUGAAAAUGUCUUCAAAUUAGAAAUAAAUUUGUCUCUUCUCAAGGAGUUUCCUGAAAUGUCUAAAAAAGUUCGUUUUGAUUCAGAUUAAAUGAUUUGCUUGCCUGUAUGGACACUUUAUUA